GUCGUUAUAGUUCUCUCACCCUUUUUCCCCUAUCUACGUUUCGCACUCUCACUUCGCGGAGUGAAUCUAUCAUGGCGGAUAAGCUUUCAAACGGGGUUAUUCUUGAGCAGCUAAAGAAUGGGUUUGCUAACUUCGAGCUGGUCUCUUCUCCGGUUCCUUCGAUUUCAAUUCCGAAUUCACAACCAUGUCCUACGGCUUUCCUUGAAUACAAUAGCCAUAGGUUCUUUGCUAAAAUUGGACCACCAUUGGGCAUAGAAUCACCAGCAAUGAGGAAAGUUGAGCGCUAUUCGAUUCAGAGAGUUGCCGGAGAUGGCCGCUGUCUUUUUCGUGCCCUGGUCAAAGGUAUGGCUUUCAACAAGGCUAUUUCUCUAAACCCACGAGAAGAGAGAGAAAAUGCAGAUGAAUUACGAAUGGCUGUGAGAGACGUUAUAUGUGAAAAUGAUAAAGAACGCCAUCAGUAUAAAGAAGCACUGGUUGCAAUUACAGUUGAGGAAUCUUUAAAACGUUACUGCCAACGCAUUGAACGACCUGAUUUCUGGGGAGGAGAGUCAGAGCUACUGGUGCUUUCAAAGUUGUGUAGGCAGCCAAUUGUUGUUUACAUACCGGAGCAUGAGACGAGCAGGGGUUGUAAAAAAGGUGCUGUUUCAUGUUCUAACAUCCUCACGUUCAAUUCAACUGCAGCACGCAAAGGGUGGGUGGGGCUCUGGUUUUAUUCCCAUUGCUGAGUAUGGAGCUGAGUUUCGUAAGGGCUUGAUAAAAGAAAGAGCCAGGAAAGUUGUGAGGCUACUGUACAGUGGGAAGAACCACUAUGAUCUGCUUGUCUGAGAACUCAUCUGAAAAUCCAUUUUGCCUGAGGGGAAUAAGCUAAUGAUGCUGCAGCACCAGGAAAAAAAGGAGGGGGGGCGCCAAAGGGCAUGGAGAUACCUUUUUUACUACUGUAUUAAUGAAAAUGUAUAAUCUUUCCUCUGGGAUUUACUAGUAUUAGUAUUUUUUAAUGAUAAUAUCUGAAAAUAAGAACUCAAAAAAAGAAAAAAAGAAAAGCUGAAUUAAACUCAAAGCGUGGUUGAUUGAUA